AUGAAUGGUGGAUGUGAAGCCCUCGUGCAGGAAAUGAGAAACUCCAUAACAUCUGACACCGGGGACCAGAUCCGUGACCUGCGCCGGCCGCGCGGAGGUGGCGGGUUGGACCCCGCCAGAACUCCGCCGCAGAUUCUGGCUGGCUCGGGUUACUGCAAGUGGUUUAAUGUCCGCAUGGGGUUUGGAUUUAUAUCGAUGACCAGCAGCGAGGGGAAGCCAGUGGACCCUCCACUAGACGUGUUCGUUCACCAAAGUAAGCUGGUGAUGGAGGGCUUCAGGAGCUUACGGGAGGGCGAGCAGGUUGAAUUCACCUUCAAGAGGUCGAGUAAAGGUCUGGAGUCGCUCAGGGUCACGGGGCCCGGCGGGGGUCCAUGCUCGGGCAGUGACCGACGCCCCAAAGGGAAGGCCCCGCCCCUCAAACGCAAACCAAAGGGAGACCGGUGUUAUAACUGUGGAGGUCUGGACCACCACGCUAAAGAGUGUGGCCUUCCACCCCAGCCAAAGAAGUGUCACUACUGUCAGAGUGUCACACACAUGGUGGCCCAGUGUCCCCACAAGAGAGUGCUGUCCCCCUCCACGUCUCAGGACCCCCAACGCCCCUCCACCUCUGCUCAGUCCCAGGAAGAGGGAAGCCAGUCAGGCUCGUCGUCUUCUCCGGAGGAAGCAUCUCAACGGGGGAGUCACUCCCAGCGCUGGAGAAAAAGCCGGGACUGA